AGUCAUUUUUUAAAUGUUCUACGACUCUAUGCAAUCGUAAAUGUUUAUAAACAGUACAAUGUGCGACAUCCCGGUAAUGUAAUGCGAGAUGAACCCAUUAUUUUUUCCCGAAAUUAUAGAAAACAUAUUUUUACUUCUAGAUGGAAAAUCAAUUUUAAAUUGUGGUAAAGUUUGCAAGCUGUGGCAAAAUAUCGUUGAUAAUAUACCUAAUAACAGCCCGACGUGGCAGAAGUGCUGCAGAGAGGCGCCCCGGGAUGCCUUCGAGGAGUUCUGCCGCAGCGUCCACCCGAGGAGCCGGCUGUGGGAGAAGAGCGUGGACUACCGCCGGCUGUACGAGUCGUGGCUGUCGCUGGCGACCUCGCCAGCGGCGGGGGGGAGCGCCCCGCACAGGGUGGAGCUGGGCGAGCUCGACGAGAGGGUCCGGUGCGUGGCCGUGUCGGGCCGCACGCUCUACUGCGGCCACAGUACGGGCAGGGUCAGCGUCUACUGCCUGUGCGGGAGCCUCGUGUGCGCCGACACCCGCCACCUCGCCUACGGGCCGGUGCUCAAGCUGGAGCCGGUGGGCCUGCCAGUUCCUACAGAAUGCACAUCAGUGGACCACGAAUACCUCGCUUGCUUGUAUUCCAUCAACUACAUUGUUUUAUUCAGGUUCAACGAGGAUCAAACACUCGUUGUGGUUGACAAAGUUCGUUGGCCGGACCCGCCCAUAGAUAUUUGUGUCUACAGGGACAGUUUGUGUGUCGUUACCUCUCGCAGCUGCGAGACGUGCACGCUUAACUUGUCCAGUGGAAGACUUCAGAUUGUAAGGAAUAGAGACUUAACUGAAAACUUCCCAGAUCCAAACCCACUGGCAACAUACUGCACCUGGCAUGGCUUGGUGUCUGGAAUCGCAUCGCUCUUGAGGGUGUACAAAGACGAUGAAAAGAUCUUUGUGUUCUCGAUUGUCAGAAGAAUGCAUGAGGAUUUCUCGCCGGUGCAGCUGGUGUUGCAGAUGUACUUCUGGCGACCAAUGGUGGUCGUGACGUUGACGGCGGAGCACAGCUUGUACUGUAUUCUGGACCACGACAGAGUGAGGCGGUAUUCGUCGUGCGAGAUGAUGAUGGCGUUCAACGGCCACGCUGUGUCCGUCUGCCUGUGCGGCCUGACCUUUGCGAUCGGCACAAACACCGGUAACGUCUACGUUUACUAUCUGGAGUGCUACGAAGACUUGCUGACGCUGGAUCUGGAGAAGCACGGCUGGACGUCGCGCGUGGGGCACAGCGCCGUGUCCGGCGUCGUCGUGUCGUGCAACGAGGACGGACCGGUGACCGUCGCACUGCUGGGGUCCACGCUGUCCGUGAUCUCGUGCGGUCCGGAAGACUCGAGCGCGUGCGCUUGCGAGCGUGCUCUCCCGGUGGUACCGCGCGACUCGGCUUGCGGCGAGUCCUUUAGCCUCGGGUUUCACAAGCUCCUAGCAAUGCCGAAAGUGAUAGUGUUUGACCUUGAUCAUACCAUGUGGCCUUUCAAAGUUAACAAGGACUUCUUCGGCCCUUUUGUUCGCCUCGGUGAGGACAUCGUAGAUAGGGACGGAAGACCCGUUUGUUGUUUCCCUGCGGCCAAAGCGAUCCUCCGCAGACUGCACGACGAAGGCCUCUACGUGGCGGUUGCGUCUCGCACGGAAUGCAUAACUGGGGCGUACCAGCUCCUGCACCUGUUCGGACUGGCGCCCUACGUCCUCUACAAGGAGAUAUACCCGCUGAGAAAACUGACACACUUCCAUUUCAUCCGUGCCAAGAGCGGCGUACCUUUCGACAGCAUGCUCUUCUUCGACGACGACAGGCGAAACUUGAGGGACGCUAAGUGGUUGCGUGUUGUAACAGUUCAGGUCGCGACUGAAGGCGUCACACAGCGGCUGCUGGCAGACGGCCUUCGGACCUUUGCUCGCUCGAGAAGCCACUAAGUGUCUGGAACACAUCUGGCUCCGAGAACCAGAAGGCCAGUAUUCAGGAUGCAUUGAUUGGACAGUAAGUUGCUUAUGUCUAAAAUGUACAGUUUGUGUGUCUUUAAGUAAGUUUUUAUGAUAAUUAUACAUCUUUUUGACUUGAUAACAUCUUACAAAUCGAUGAACGCCGGCUGCACGCACGAAAAAGCAUGACUCAUUGUCACGUUCCACCUAAGCCGAGCGUACAAGAUCCGGUCAACCACCGUGCGAGAAAAUCUUCUAUAAUAUCAAACAGGUUAAGGCGGGCUUUUUAAAAGCAGCAAUUUAAAAAAUUUGAUUUAUUUGUCCAAUUUCAUCAUUUCAAAUUAACAAUUUAUUGACAUUGAUUUGAUUUCAUUUUAUUUCUAUAACUAAUUGUUCGUGAUUAUGUUUAAACAUUAUUAUUUAAAUUAAAUUUGCAAAGACUGUAAAUGAUGUUUUAAAAUUAAAAAGUAUGGUAUUUUUCAUCAAUGUUUUCUUAUGAUUAUGACGUUAUCGCAUAAAAUUAUCGUCCGUAAACCGACUUUACAGACAACCCCCCUUUUUUUUAUUACCUACAUGGUUAUGCUCUGUGACAUAUUUAUAUAGAAUCAUGUAGAGUAUUUUCUAUUUGGUUGUAUGAACCGAAUGAGACUUACUGUGUUUUUCAUUAAAAAGAAUGCUGGAGGAAAGGGCAUCUUCAUAUUUACUUAGGGGUACAAGAGUCAAAGGUGUAACAAGUCAAAAUCGUGCCCGACUAAGUCGAUGACUGUUCCU